AAGCUCAAUGGCGUUGAGGUCCGGGGAGUUCGCUGGCCACACAAGGAUUUUGAAGCCGGUCUGUGAGCCCGAAGUCUUCGCGGAGCUUCUUCAUGGAGGGCAGGAACUUAGGAAGCAAGGCUUUUUACAUCCUUUACAUCCUUAGUCACGUCGAGCUGAAAAAAACACUACUCGAAGACGGAGCAAUACAGCUGCUGCGUUCCUACCCCGGCUGCGUUAUCCUAAGCGUCUGUUGGCUGUUUCUUACGCCUAUUGGAAUUGCCCUUGUGGCUCUUGUCAGCGUCGCCAGAGAUGGCCAUGCCAUAUUGGCUCCAUAUGGGCUGGACUUCCUCUUUGGUUUAAAGGGCCUCACGACAUUAUCCGUUGGAGUUCUUGAGUUUGCUACGUUUAAUUACGAUGUUUAUAAGGCGAUACGUUCCACAUUCCCAAUAUGGUCACAUUCCCUUCCUAUUAGGAUAGUACUCUACUUAACUCAUAUUGGCUUGGGGAUUGGGGUUGCGAUAAAUCACGGUCCUGAGUUUCUAUGGGCUGCGCCGGCCACUCUCCAUCUCCUUAUUUCCAUUUUUGUUAUUAUCGGGCUCAUCCGGUUAAAAAAAACGCUCGCUCAGGGCGUGGGCCUGUUGCUGUCUAGUUGCCAAUCUGUUGGCACUUGUAUUGCCGAGUGUGGGCGCGGGAUUCAACGUUAGAUGGCUGUAUCAGACUCAGUCUCUGUCGUGCUUAAUUGUUGUUUUGGUGUACGAAUCGGGAAAGUGGCCGA